UGGGUGCUGCUGUACUUCGGCUUCACGCACUGCCCGGACGUGUGUCCCGAGCAGCUGGAGAGGCUGAGCCGCGCCGUGGAGCUGCUGGAGCGCCAGCCGGCGCCGCCGCCGCUGCAGCCGCUCUUCGUCACCGUGGACCCCGAGCGCGACGACGCGGCGGCGCUGGAGCGCUACCUGCGGGACUUCCACCCGCGCCUGCUGGGGCUCACCGGCACCCCCGAGCAGGUGCGCGCCGCCGCCGCCGCCUUCCGCGUCUACGUCAGCGCCGGGCCCCGCGACGCCGACGGGGACUACAUCGUGGAUCACUCGGUGCUGACGUUCCUCCUGGACCCCGACGGCGUCUUCCGGGACUGCUACGGGCGCUCGCGCACGGCCGAGGAGCUGGCGCGCAGCGUCAGGGCGCACGUGGACGCCUACGAGCCGCUGCCGCCCGCCGAGGAGGACAAUAAACGGCCGUGACGCCCCCGGCA